AUUUCAUCAGAACUGGUUUUGCUUCAUCAUUUCAUCUGCAAACUAUUUAAUCAAAUGGAAUGUCUUAGAAACAGAAUUUUAAAACAUAAAUAAUUCAAGGGAAUACCACUAGUGCUAAGGUAAUAUAAGAACUAUUAGCAUUCCCGCACUAUUGUAACCUUCAAGUAGAGGGAGACUUCUUUGGAAGAUCCAGAUCAAACUCUGAGAAGAUCAGCUGAAUAAUUAUGGACAACACAGAUGAAUAUUUGUUUAACUUUAAAGAAUACAAUUUUGAGAAAGCUUUUGUGAACAUUGAGGAUUUAGAAAAGAUGGAAGAUUUUGAAAUUAGAGAUGAUGAUGUCUUCAUCAUCACAUACCCAAAAUCUGGUACCAUCUGGACUCAGCAUAUCCUCAGCUUGAUUUAUUAUGAGGGUCACCGGAACAAGACUGAAAACAUAUCAACAAUAGAUAGAGCACCAUUCUUGGAGUACAAUAUUCAUAAUUUAGACUUCGCCAAAAUGUCAUCACCUCGCAUCUUCACUUCCCACCUUCCAUAUUACUUAGUUCCAAAAGGUCUCAAGGAAAAAAAGACUAAAAUUCUUUAUAUUUACAGAAAUCCCAAAGAUGUUUUGAUCUCAUUUUUUCAUUUUUCAAAAUGGGUGGUUACCUUUGAACCUAUAGAUACCAUAGACAAUUAUGUGGAAAAAUUUCUAGAUGGAAAAGUUGUAGGAAGCCGUUGGUUUGAUCACAUUAGAGGCUGGUAUGAGCACAGACAUGACUUCAAUAUAAUGUUCCUGAGCUAUGAAGAUUUGAAAAAGGACCUCAGAAGCUCAGUGCUUAAAAUCUGCAGCUUUCUAAAAAAAGAACUGAGUGAAGAAGAUGUGGAUGCUGUUGUGAGACAAGCUACCUUUCAGAACAUGAAAUCUAACCCACUAGCAAAUUACAAUUAUAUUAUGAAUAAUGAAGUUGGGGUGAGAAGCAAUGAUGGCUAUUUCCUACGCAAAGGUACCAUUGGAGACUGGAAAAACCAUUUGACUGUGGAGCAGAAUGAAAGAUUUGACAUGAUAUUCAAGAGGAAUAUGACAAAUUUUCCUUUGAAGUUUAUCUGGGAUAUAAAUGAACAAUAAAAGUCUAAUGUCAGCAUAAAAUAAAUUAAGAAAAACCCAUUCAGAAGAAUACUUGCUUUAAUAUCAAUAUUAAUAUCUUCAAUAUUUUAAUCAUUAAAUGCCAAGCUUUAUUAAGGAUCAAAAUGAAUAAACUAUAUAAAUGUUAAUUACAUUGAGAUUCAGAAAUGAUUUCAAAUUUCAAAAUUAAAAUAGUUUGGGUUCUAGUUCGCAAUUGUAUUGUGUACUAAUGUCAUAAAUUAUGGUGCUUUCUGAUAUAGAAAAAUGUCUACAAGGAGUAGUCUACAAUGCACAGUUUUUUCUUCUCACAUACAAUACAGUUUUGAAAGAAAAAACAUUAAACAACUUCUCAUUAUUACAAUAAAACUUUGACUUUCACUGAGUCAAGAAUGUGUGAGGAAUGAGAGCCUUUAAUUUGGAAAACUAAACCUGAGCAUUGAAGGGAGGCAGAAUAGCCAUUUAGAUUAAGAACUAGAAAAGAGGGAGGAUGUACUCAUUCCCUUAGUAAAGUAUCAACUUUUGUUGGUGAAUUGUGUUGUUUGAUGAGUUUUGUAUUUACACACAACGGAUGUCAUUACUAAUUUUACCAAAAUGUAUGAAUAAUGCACUUAAGAUUUAAUUUUGUAGUUUGCCUCCAUUUGCUGGACGCGAGCCAGGAGUCUCUGCGGCUGGUGGAGACAGCAGGCAGAAGGAAGCAGUGGUGGAGAGAAGCCCUAAGCUGCCUUGGUGAUAGUGAAAUGGUGGACACACAGCAGCUCAUUACCAAGCGACAGAACCUGGAUUAAGCCUAUGGGCCGCCCAAUAAAUUCCUUGAGAUCGA